AUGCCCUCAUUCACAUCAGUAAUCUCCCAGAGAACACCAUGUACGGGGCUGUUCAUCAGCAUGUUCUCCGACCUUGCAGUUGCGCUCAUUGGAAACUCUGGCUUUGAUUGUGUCAUUACUGACACGGAGCAUACGCCCGUGUCCGCACACGAAGCCACGCACGUUGUGCAUGCUGUUGCAGCGGCGUCUAAUGGAAAUUUGGAGCAGACGGCAUCGUUGUGCCCAUGGUCAACACCGAGGCGGAUGCACGACAAAUCAUGCAAAGGGGCUCGCUAUCCGCCUCUGGGACAGCGUAGCAUUGGUCUAAUACAUGCGCCGUUUGCCGGUCACAAUGUUGAAAAGACUCAGGGGUACUGCAUCGAGUCGAAGGCGCUAGAUGUGGCAGUGGUGGUGAUGCUCGAAUCUGCCGAGGGAGUAAAGAGUGCAAAGGCUAUACUCGCAUGCGAAGGUGUCAGUGGAGCUUUUGUUGGACUGUUCGAUCUGAGAUUGUCUUUAGGGCUAUCUGGUGGGGAUGGUGACGAGCCUUCUUUGUUGGGUUGUCUACGCCAGAUCGUAGAGGCCGACAAGGCGACGGAAAAGCCAGUUGGAAUUCUCGCCAGUUCAACCGCGUCGCUGCAGAAAAGAUUGUCGCUGGGCUUCGACUAUAUCAUCAAUGCCACCGACGCUGGGCUACUCGCUCAAGCAGCAGAGACUUCGUUGCAAGAAGCUCGAAGAACAGCUACGAAGAAAGGGGCCAUAGACUCGUCGGAUGCGUCGACAACGGUUGCUGACUGA